GGGGCGGGGUCCGGUUCGAAUCCCCGCAGCGCGGGAGCGGCGCUUGGCGCCUGCCCGGAAGCGGCUGCGCUCCGCGUUCGCACAAUAGCCGGCCGGGGGCCGCUCCCUUUUCUCCUAUCGUUCUAUUUCCUGGCACCUACUGUUAUGUCUGAGGCCUUGCGGUGGUUCUCUAUUUGAAAACUACAAUGCCUGCUGUAACCGAGCAUUUCAGCCUCGGAAGUGCCCCAGCCACCUCAGACAUGGCCUGUGCUGCACCGCUCAGCUCUGGUUGCGAUCGGUGCGUUCAGGUCAGCAGAACCAUCAACUCACGGGGCCCAGCCCUGCAGCACCACCUGCACUGAGCUUUCAGCAGUGGAAGAAAGGAACAGAAGCUGUGGGCACGCGGAGCUCCAGGUGCUGCUGCAUCCUUAAGACCCAACACAGACCUCGGUCCUCACCAGGGAUCUGCCUUACUCAGCUCUUCUACCACAUUUCUACAGCUGUGACAACUGAAUGAGGCUCUUCCAGCCAUAACACCCUGGUCCAUACCACCCGUCCCUCAGACAGGACACUGCAGGAGACAACAUUUUGCAUAAAUGUUCCAUUAAAUCCUCAGAGCUUCAUUAGACCCAAACUGAGAUGCUCCCAGCUAUUCACCAUCUCGCAACUCCUAUUGGAACAUACAGCAGUAAGUCACAAGAGCUCAUGAAAGCCCUCAGCCCAUUUAAACCAACUGACUUUUCAUCCUAUCAGCAGGAAAAGCAUUUCCACCCUUGCAGUGCACACAGAAGAGUUCUCAGAGCAGCUCCCUUUGAUGCAGGCACUGCCUAUGGGGAUGGAGGGUGAGCCCAGCAUGCUCUGCUUCUGAGCCACAGUAUGCAGAAAAAAAUAAUGCUGUGUUGUUUUUUUCUUUUUUUUUUCCUCGGCGUUUCUUCAGAAGCACUGUCUUGUUGGUGCCUGGGUGUGCUGCUACGUUCAGUACUGCUAAAUGAGAUUGAUGCACUGAACUCAGCCACCCCAGGUGAUAGAAGCAGACCUUUAAGCGCAGCAGAGCAAGGGGUGCUCCAGCAGUGGUGCUGUGGUUGGUUGUAUGCUUGUUCAGUGCCAGCUGACAAAACAAACAGGAGGAGGGGAAAAAAGAAAAAAAAGAAGAAAAAAAAAAGCAGAAGGUGACUUUUGUGGGAACAUAGAAUUGACCACUGAUCUCAGCAGUUGGCAUGGAGUGGGGAGUUUCCAAGCCAGGGCUGCUCGCAGCUGUGCUAGCUGCAGAUAAGGGAACAAACUCAAGCUGGACGUGAACACAAAGUCCUCAGGCUAUCGCAGUCAUUCUGCCAGGGCGCAUCAAAGUGCAGGUCGGACCGUGCUUCUGGAUGUGCUGCGGAGAAAACGUUUCUUUCCUCCGAACCGUGACAGAAGAGCAGAGCAGGCCGGGCGGGGGCGGCCGAGCGCCGCGCACCGCAGCCGCCCGCAAUGGGGCAAAAUCCUUCGGUUUGGGAGCAGACUCUCACGUUCCCACCAUUGCGAUGCCCGUGGGUUUCCAGGGGCAGCUUUGCUCCGUGUCACCGCCUCCCGUCCCGGCUCUGCAGCACAGAUCCUGCUGAACGGGCAGCCCCAGGCAGUGAGAGCUCCGCCCUUGUUCUCUAGCCAUGGUCUGUCCUGUCUGCAGGCCUUAUUGUGUCACUUAGGCUAUUAUCUUUCCCUGCCAUUUACAGUGAAAAUACAACCUUACUCUUCUGGCAUCAGCAGAGCAUGUUGAUGCACAGCGAACUGGCCCCAGUGGCACAGAGGAGGAUUCGUGCUGUGAAUGGGGCCCAAAGGCUCACAUAGCAGUUCCCCGUGUGUGACAGCUGAACAUAAAUUAUCUGCCUUCUGACUCUUUUCCUUCCCUUCCUCUUCCAUUCCCUCAUAGAAAUCAGGAGAAGAUACUGGAGGUCUCUUGCCUCAAAAUUGCAUGAGCAUAGCAGAACCGGGGGGGAUUGGGCACAUGUGAGCAUGGCUGAACAAGGUGGCAUUCAUGGCCAGCAGAACACAGACACAGAGGGGAAGUGGGGAAGGAAAGAACCACACGCUCACUAAAAGAAUGCGAAAGAGAGCAAGAAAGGAUGCGGCACAGGAGAAUAACACGUCAUUAUGCGUGGAGCCCAGAUGAGAGCAGAAGAGCUGUGAAAGAAGGGGGAAGCAGUUGCAGCUGCAGGAGCUGCCCUGGGCUGGAGCUGGGAAGGCCCAGCCACAGGAAGAGAGCAUUUGGAGUACAGGAAGCCAAAACUCUCCUUGCACGUUCCUGGCUCCAGUUAAGUAUAAUGGAUAACUGUGAGAUGUAUGAAAAUACCUCCAAAUGCAUUGCGAGCUCCAAGAGCAUGGAAUGCUUCAUGGUGCUCAGCACACAAGCACAGAAGAUCAGCACUGCCACACUUUGUGGCCUCUUUGGAACACUGUGCAUUUUUGAGAACUGUCUGGUGCUUUACCUGAUCUUCUCCUCCUCUGGCACAAGGAGAAAGCCUUCUUACAUCUUCAUCAGCAGCCUGGCCUUGGCGGACCUCUUGGCCAGCAUCAUCUUUGUAGGAAGUUUUGUUAACUUCCAUGUCUUUAAUGAAACUGAUUCUUCUAAAGAAUUGUUCCUGCUGAAGCUGGGAGGGGUGAACACAUCUUUCACGGCCUCCCUGAGCAGCUUGCUGCUAACAGCCCUGGACCGCUACAUCUCCAUCAGCCGCCCCUCGAAAUACAAGCUGCUUGUGACGAGAAAGAGGGCGUGGACAGCACUAGGAGUGCUCUGGCUGGGAUGUGUGGCCAAUGCCUUCCUGCCUCUGAUGGGCUGGAACUGCUGCACACUCAAUUCAGCCUGUUCCGAGCUGUUCCCUUUUGUGGACAAUAAUUAUCUGUUCACUUGGAUCUGUCUUGUCUUGAUUUUGCUGGGGUGUAUUGUCUGCGCUUACUCACAUGUGCUGUGGAGGGCUCACCAGCAUGUGGCAAACAUGGAGAUGUAUACAUCCCAGGUGCAUGUGGGAAAGCAGAAUGCCAGGAUGAGGAUGGACAUCAUGCUGGCCAAGACCCUCGUCAUGGUGCUGACCGUCCUUGUGCUGUGCUGGUUGCCAGCCCUAAUUCUCAUGAUUUACAGCAUCUUUGUAAGUCUGAACAAUCACCUGCGCAAAGUGUUUGCCUUCUGCUGCACCCUCUGCCUAAUCAAUUCUAUGGUGAACCCGAUUAUUUAUGCCCUGCGGAGCAAGGAGCUGUAUUCCUCCCUGAGGAUGCACCUUUCCCGAUGCAGGAGGCAGCUGAGGACCUCAAAUGACAGCCCGGAAGCAGAGAGCGCUCACAGGUCCUCCAUGAUAGAGACCAUCUGUGAGGACAUACAUGCCAUGUAGGGAUGCAGUGCCAGGAAGUCUGAGCUCAGCUGGAGUGUGGAUCAUUUCUCUUUCGGAUUGUUUUUAUUUUCUGUCCUUGUAGAAGUCCUGAGAGAUGACAGAUCGGGUCAUGGAGUCAGCUCCUACUGAUGCUUUCUUAGACACCGGGACACAAAAUGCCCAGACCUGUACAGACUGCCAUUCCCAGGGCUGCCAAGACCCGGUGCCAUGCCAUGGUGUGCUGCACACAAAGCAGAGGGUGAUGCCAUACCUCGGAACAGCAAAUCCUGUCUGCCUGCCAGUAGCUACCUGACAUUUUUCCUUGUUCUCAGUUAUGUCUGCCUCAGCAUUUCACAAAAUGUUGUCCCAGCCCUUUGCUUGGCACAGGCAGAGUUACACAAGCACUGCCAGCAAAGCUCUAGCAGCACAUCACUGCAUAGUAACAGUACACCUAUUUAUUCCUGCCUUGCAGACUUACAGAAACUUAAAUCUCAGCCACACAUUGUUGGAUGUUAUACAAUUAAACAUUAAAGAAAUGUUUCAGCCUUUUCUUCCACUAGCCUCUAAGGCAACAGAUUCUUUUGCAAAUCACACAGAAGCAGCAGCUUUGGCUGUAAAACCUACAGGGCC